GCGUUUUCGACUUAAUAAUAACGGAAGGUCUCACUUGCCUCAAUGUAGAUCCGAAUAGACUUCGAAGACGGGUCCGGGUCGUAAACCGAAUAGAAUUCAAGUUGCACUUGCAUCUGGUUUCGUUUUCCACAUUUCUCCCGUUCUACCUCAACAAAACCGGAAAUCAACCGGAAAUCCUGUGAAAAAAUUCACAGAUAAAUUCACGCCAACCAAAAUUUCACUCACUGUGGAUUGACGUAGGGAUGACGACGAUUCGAAGGUUCUGCUGCAACGAUCUCCUGCGCUUCGCGUCAGUUAAUCUCGACCAUCUCACUGAAACCUUCAACAUGUCGUUCUAUAUGACCUAUUUGGCGAGGUGGCCGGAUUAUUUCCACGUUGCUGAAGCUCCAGGAAACAGGAUAAUGGGCUACAUUAUGGGAAAGGUUGAGGGACAAGGGGAGUCCUGGCAUGGGCAUGUCACUGCAGUGACUGUAGCUCCGGAAUAUCGACGGCAGCAAUUGGCCAAGAAACUGAUGAACCUGCUUGAGGAUAUCAGUGACAAAAUUGACAAGGCUUAUUUUGUGGAUCUCUUUGUGAGAGCUUCAAAUACACCUGCCAUCAAGAUGUAUGAGAAGCUUGGUUAUGUAGUCUACAGGCGCGUGCUUCGGUAUUACUCUGGAGAGGAGGAUGGGUUGGAUAUGAGGAAGGCUUUAUCACGGGACGUGGAGAAAAAAUCUGUUAUUCCUCUCAAACGCCCUGUUACUCCCGAUGAACUUGAAUAUGAUUAGGUCUGAUACUCUUUGAUCAGAAGAAAAUAUGUUUUUGAGCAGCCAUACUAUUGUAAAAUGUCAGCUAUUCAUGUUGAUGGGGAUAAAAAUACCUACAAAUCUACUCAUGAACUCUUUGGCUGGUUUCUAUGUGAACCUCUAUUUGGUUGCUGAUCUUAGUGCAAAAGCUGUAUUGCUUUCUUUGGACUCAAUGCUAUGCUCCAUCGAUACCAUGAUAUUCGUGAUGCUGGUGCUGCAUAUGUUUCUUUCUUGAGAACUCGAGUUACUUUUCAACAAUUCCAAAAGGACUGCGGGCAUAACUCAGUUUAUUAUGAAAC